AUGUCAACGAUCUCUGAGCUUACUAGUCUCCAGAACACUCUCAACGCCGCCAUCGACACGUUCAAGGCAGAGCUUGCUGCUCAGAAGCUCCCAGAACCAUCUUUGACGACGUCCAAACCCCAUCCUAUCGAUGAUAUCACUUACUUGCCCACACCGGCUAUGUAUGAGGCACGCCGAGCUGCUCUGGCGAGUUUGGGUUUGAUCAAAACUCUGAUUGCCUCGCCCCACGAUACCAUCGCCGCAACAUCAUGGAUGACCAUGGAAGCUGCCUGUGUUCGACUUGCAGCCGAUAUUGACCUCGCAGGCAUCCUCGCCAGCGCGCCUGAUCCCGAAGUUGGGUUAUCAGUCGCAGAAAUUGCUGAGAAGACUGGAGUCGAUGGCUUGAAAAUCGGGUGGUUCCGCGAGUCUAAGCCUGGCUAUUUCGCGAACAACAGACAAAGCAACGUCAUCGUAAAGAAUUUGCCCGGAUACCAUCUUGCUACCUACAUGAACGAGCUCUUCAACAAGAUCAGCGUAUCGUUCCCUAACGCUAUCAACCACCCUGAUCCAGAGUACCGAAAGAAAGAUGACCCGUUCCAUACCGCGUUCAACCUUCAGUACAACACCGAGGUUUCUUUCUUUGGGGCUGACGGCUGGCUUACGAAGGAUCCCGAAGAACCUGUUAAAUUUGGCCUUGCCUUGGGUGCCGUAGGCCCCACGUCCGACCCCGGUGUCGCCGCUGACUUCCCCUGGGUGGCUAUCGCUGAAGGCAAGGAUGCCAUUGUUGAUGUCGGUGGCGGACAAGGAACACUCUGCUGUUCUCUCGCCAAGAAGUACCCUCAAAUCAAGCGCUUCAUUGUUCAAGAUCUCCCUGAGACACGCGAGGCCGCCGAAUCUUUCAUUGCAGCUCAGGGCCUGUCCGAUCGUGUUACGUUUGAGGCGCAAGAUUUCUUCAAGCCGCAAAAGCGUAAGGGCAAGUAUGUCUUCGUCAUGCAACGAGUCCUUCACGAUUGGUCAACUGAGAAAGGCGCGGAGAUGCUUAAACAAAUUCGCGACGUCUUGAACGCAGAUAGCCGACUUCUGAUCAUUGAUACCAUUAUCCAAGCCGGGUAUACCUCCCCCACCGGUCCUGCCUUGACAGAUUCUCUGGCUCAACUGGGCGAAACGUACUCUCCCGUGCCUCCUCCUGCGUUCGUCCCUGUGGACUUCGGCGAUGCCAGUCGCAUCCAGCACCAGAUCAAUGUCUCCCUCACCGCUCUUUGCAACUCAUUCGAACGCACUAAACCCCAACUUGAGGAAAUGGUGAAGCUCGGUGGUUUGAAGGUUAAGAAGAUUCAUGCUACUAGGGGUUGGGCUUCCAUCACGGAGGUAGAGCUGUGA